UUUUAUUCAUCUCCAUUUACUCGUUCCGCUUAGAUUUUCUCGUAGCGAUUUAUUCCGUGCUGCUUCGCUCUUGCAUGUUCUGCGGAAUUAGUGUGUUGAAAGGUAGCUGAAGAAGCUUUUACGCCUCUUCCUCCGACGUCGGAUCGAAAGUCACGACGGGAGCUCGCUCGCUGCGAAGUACUGUGGAAGAUGGCAAGUAAAGCCAGCAGUGAGAACAGGGAAUCAUCAAUUAAUGAGCAAGCAAUUGCCAGUAUAUAUGCUUCCAUGCGCUCUGAGAUAAACCAGUUCUACUCAAAGAUCACUGAGCUGGAGAUGGAGGUCAGUGAACACUCCCUUGUAAUCGGGGCAAUACAGCCGCUCGAUCCCUCACGGCGUUGCUUCCGCAUGAUUGGUGGGGUGCUGGUUGAAAGGACCAUCAAUGAGGUUCUCCCUGCAGUCCAACGCAAUAAGGAGGGCUUGCAGGAAGUGAUUGCGCGACUCAAUGAAGCAUUGGAGAAGAAGAAGAAGGAAGUUGCAGAGUUUGAGGUGAAGCACAAGAUCAAGGUGAGAAAAUCAGACAGUGAGAGCAAAGAUGAUGGUGGCUGGAAGGCUGGGUCUGCCCAGGGUGUGCUUGUGGGUCCUGCAAGCUAGCAAGGUUUGCUUCAGGAGUUCUAGUAGAUAGCUUUGCAGCAUCUUCUAGCAAGAGAGUUUUCCUUGCAGAACCAUUGUAAUAUUACCUUUGUUUUGCUUUCAGACUUUUAUUUUUUAUUUUGAAGAUAUUUAUGGCCGUAAUGUUCUAUUUAUGAUCUGAUGAAGAGAUGGAAGAAUAGUGUUGGCUUUUUAAAAAAAGUCAGUUUUUUAUUGUUCAUGAUCUUGGUUGAGAAGUUUUGUAUGAAAACAUUUUAUAAACAAUUGAGCUGUUUGGUUGUUUUUGUUCUGUAAA